AUGGCCAAACCGUUCGCCUUAGCGACUGGAAUCUUUUCAACCUUUGCUCUCAUUGACCGCCUCAUCGGCCUCACUACGCGGAUUGGAGCCUCGGCAAUAGACGCACUGGCAGACAUCGCAAGGCUUCACACCAGCCUCAGGGACAUGAACACUAUUCAAAAACGAUCCGCAACAGGGAAUCCAAGGAAGCAAGCUCGAAUGUCUCCGGGCGCCGGCCUUGACGAGCUGACCAAAGGCCUCGAGAGCCUCGAACUAAAGAAGUCAAAACGGAUGAGAUGGGCCUUGGGCGAGGACAAGAAGUUCGCGAAAUCCAUGGAACGACUGGAAACCUACAAAACGCUAUUCGCGGUGGCCAUAGCUGCCGGCGAGAAGCAACUCGCACAAAACUCAAGAGAGGUGAUCGAGCUCCUCAAGACGGAUCUAAAAGCUUUUCAGAACGAAGAAAAAUCAAGCCAGGAAGCGGUGACCUCGGCGGUGCACGCGAUUGAAAAACGUCAGAGACUAUCAUCCGAUGUCACCAAGAGCCUCCAGAGUCGGCAGCUAGAAGAGAGAAGCGAAAGAACUAGGCGAGAAGAAGAGGGGAAGUUCGAGAAACUGGUCACCGACACUUUCAACUGGUUUGGUAGCAUUGAUACCAAGGCAAACCAUGACUCGGCGUGGGAGACGUGCAUGCCCGACAGCGGGACCUGGUUCACGAAGGGGGAGGCGUUUUCUGCCUGGCGACUCGGGGAACAGCCUUAUCUUUGGCUAAACGGCAUCCCGGGAGCCGGCAAGAGCAUUCUAAUGCAACUAACGUCGGUUAGCUCUUCGACUAUCGAGGCGCUUCGAGAAACGGUCGAUAACGAGCAGUGCUGCAUCGCAUAUCACUACUUCACGUUUACCGACGUACAAAAGGCGAGGGCGGAUCGGAUGAUAGAGAGCAUUGUGACCCAGGUCGCCCAUCAAGGCUGGAGAUGCAAGAGUCGACAAGUAGUCGACGUCAUUUGCCGGAUUUACAGAAAGUACGAGCAUACACCACAACGGCCGAGCGCCUCCGAAUUACUCGUCGCUCUGUCAAAGAUGGUUGGCCUCUUCGAAUGA